CGUCUCUCGGGUGGAGUCUUCUGACUGCUGGUGGAGCAGGUCUCAGGAAUCUCUUCGCUUCAGCUUCAAUCAUGGCCUGUGGUCUGGUCGCCAGCAACCUGAAUCUCAAACCUGGGGAAUGUCUCAAAGUUCGGGGAGAGGUGGCCUCGGACGCCAAGAGCUUUGUGCUGAACCUGGGAAAAGACAGCAACAACCUGUGCCUACACUUCAAUCCUCGCUUCAAUGCCCAUGGAGACGCCAACACCAUUGUGUGUAACACCAAGGAAGAUGGGACCUGGGGAACCGAACACCGGGAACCUGCCUUCCCCUUCCAGCCCGGGAGCAUCACAGAGGUGUGCAUCACCUUUGACCAGGCUGACCUGACCAUCAAGCUGCCAGACGGACAUGAAUUCAAGUUCCCCAACCGCCUCAACAUGGAGGCCAUCAACUACAUGGCGGCGGAUGGAGACUUCAAGAUUAAGUGCGUGGCCUUUGAGUGAAGCCAGCCAGCCUGUAGCCCUCAAUAAAGGCAGCUGCCUCUGCUCCCCAUAAUCCAGCCCUUUCAUGGGAGAGUGUUUGUGUGUGUCUAUGUGAGGGGCCCCGCCCAACCUGGUCCAUCUUCACUUCCAUUCAUGCCUCCAUGUGUUCUUGGUCUCAGUGACCUCUCUUGUGCUUUCCAGGCCAAAGAGAGCCCAGCACAGAGAGGGCUUAAGUGACCACAGAGGGUGAGCCAGUGUCCCACUGUGACAGGGACAGAGCAGUGGGAGGUGGAUGGAUGAACAGCCGGACCGCAUUUGUCUUAAUAAAAGCCAGAAACCACU